GAGCACACAGCCGACAGUGUUGAAAACUGUUAUAAUAGUCUCAAUUAACAUGUUUCAUGUAAAAGACUACGCACUUUGGCUAUAUAUACAAAUAAACUACUCUGUUUUUGGUUAAGUUAACCAAACAGAGCUUCACAAAAUCUUUCACAGGAUUGAUCAUAGAGAAUCCACACAGAGAGGCCAUGGAAGUAGAUCAAAUUCUGUGCAUGAAUGGAGGAGAGGGAGAAACUAGCUAUGCGAACAACUCACUCAUUCAAAAAGAGGCAAUGCUCAAGGCAAAGCCAAUAUUAGAAGAGAGCAUAGCAAAGGUGUAUCUAAGCAGCUCCGCUGAGUGUCUAAAUGUGGCAGAUUUUGGAUGUUCAUCUGGCCCCAACACACUGUUGCUGAUUUGGGAGAUGAUCGACACAAUCCAUGCAACAUCGCAAGGAUUCAAUCGAAAGGCACCCAUGUUCCAAGUUUUCCUUAAUGAUCUUCCAGGAAAUGAUUUCAAUACCAUUUUCAGGUCAUUGCCAAGUUUCUAUGAGAAACUAAAGAAAGAUAAGGGAAGUGAGUUUGGGCCUUGUUUCAUAGCAGGAAUGCCUGGGAACUUCUACGGGAGGCUCUUUCCUAAUCAUUUUCUUCAUUUUGUUCAUUCUUCUUACUGUCUUCAUUGGCGUUCCCAGAUCCCUGACCUUGUCGGAGAAUCAGGAGUUCCAUUAAACAAAGGGAAUAUUCACAUCGCAAAGACAAGCCCCCAUGGAGUGCGUAAAGCGUAUUUGGAUCUUUUCAAGAGGGAUUUCACAUCAUUUCUGAGAUCACGUGCGCAAGAGAUGGUCCCCGGUGGUCACAUGGUCCUUACCUUUCAAGGCAUGGGCAGUAACAGAAAAGCUGAUUCUUCUAGCAAUCAGAGCUUCACCAUCUGGGAGUUAUUAGGAAUCACCCUAAAUGACAUGGUCCUAGAGGGAAAAGUUGAAGAGGCAAAAUUAGACAGGUUCAAUCUGCCAUUUUAUGCACCUACUGCAGAAGAAGUUAGGGAUGUGAUUCAAACAGAAGGAUCCUUCAACAUUCAACGAUUGGAAACAGUUGAAGUGGACUGGGAUUCUAACAUGGAUGACAGUAACAAAAGCUUUGGGUCUGAUAAACCCAGUAGAGGAAAGUAUGUGGCAAUAGGCAUAAGGGUGGUUGCAGAGCCAAUUCUGGCAAGUUAUUUUGGAGAAGAUAUCAUGGAUGAUUUGUUUGACAUGUUUUCCAACAACAUUGAAGAAUACUUGGAGGUUGAGGAAGCCAAGUACACGAACAUAAUCGUUUCCAUGAAUAAGUGAUGCAGGAGAAAUUUGAAAAAAUUGUUAUUUUAAUUAUGUAUGUGUGUUUUAGUUUUCCUUUUUCAAUAAGGAUUGAGUUUUUCCUUUCCUAUUAGGAUUGGUUUUACUUUUCCUAUUAGGAUUUGAUUUCAUUUUCCAAUUAUGUUUGGUUUUCCUUUUUCUUGUUAAUUUAGGAGGUGCCUAGCCUAUAUAAAGGCAUCUAGUCUUUGUUAUUUUUCAAUUUAGUUUACACUAUCAAUUAAAUUUAAGUCUUUCAGAGCUAUUUUUCUGU